CAGGGAAGGGCAGGAGGAGCCGCACCUUCCCUCGGCAAGCAUGGCGGGUUGGAUUAGCUCAGUGGUGUUGUCUGCUGCAGCAGUUAUCACACUGGGUUUUCCGUAUCCUGAUGCAGAAUAUAAUAUCCCAAAUGUAGGUGUUGGCAGACGAUCACAAUUUUAUGUUCUCCACUCAGAUGGGGGAUACAAAUACGGAUAUGACACUAAAGAAGGCAACUACGAGAAAGCUAAAUCGGAUUCCCCAGGAAAUGUAAUGGGAUCUUUUGGCUAUACUGAUCCAACUGGAACAGAUAUUCAACUCGAUUAUACAGCUGAUAAUAGAGGAUUUUUACCCAAGGGCAAUCAUCUCCCUCAAGUUCCUAGUGCAGCCACUGGUGAGCUUCCUAUUGCCAAUAUAAAAUCUGUUCACCCUGUUACAUAUUCAUCCCCAGACAGUCCUGAAACUAGAUCUGAUGCAAGUUAUAGCUUUAACUAUGAAACUGAUACCAGUUCCCGUUCUGAAAGUGCUGAUUCCGAUUUAAAUAUCCAAGGAACCUACAGUUUUAGGCCUGAUGAUGGAGUUCAAAGAACUGUCAGUUAUAGAGCAGGGAGUGGAAUUGGUUUUGUUGCUGAAGGAUCCCACUUACCUGUAGCCCCUUCAGAAUCAGGAGCCUCUACAGUAUCUCGACCUGUAGCAGCAACUAAGACUUCAUCUCCUACUACAUAUUCAGCGCCAUCUGGAGUAGCUUCCAUUGGAAGUUCAUCUCCUGACGGAAGUUACAGCUUCAACUACAAGACUGACGAUAGCUCCCGGUCAGAGAGUGCUGAUUCAGACCUGAAUGUCCGAGGAACAUACAGUUUUAAGCCUGAUGAUGGAGUUCAAAGAACUGUGAAUUACAGAGCAGGGAGUGGAACUGGUUUUGUUGCCGAGGGAUCCCACUUACCUGUAGCUCCUUCAGGAUCAAGAGCUUCCACGGCAUCUCGACCUGUAACAGCAACGAGGGCAUCCUCUCCUACUACAUAUUCCACACCAUCUCAAGUGGUUUCUGUUGGAAGCUCUUCAUCUCCUGGUGGCAGCUACAGUUUUAACUAUAAGACUGGUGAUAGUUCUCGGUCUGAGAGUGCUGACUCUGCCUUGAAUGUCCAAGGAUCUUAUAGUUUUAAACCUGAUGAUGGAAUUCGUCGAACUGUGAAUUACAGAGCUGGGAGCGGAACUGGUUUUGUUGCUGAAGGGUCUCAUUUACCUGUUGCCCCAUCACGUACAUCUGGAACGAGCCCAGGUGUGUCAUCUGCAGUGGCGAUAAAGAAAGAUCGUCCUACUACUUAUUCAGCACCUCAAGUGUCUCAGGUCAAAAGUUUUUCCUCUCCUGAUGGAAGUUACAGCUUUAACUAUGAGACUGAUACCAGUUCCCGGGCAGAGAGUGCCGACUCCGACCUGAAUAUCCAGGGAUCUUACAGUUUUAGUCCUGAUGAUGGAGUUCAAAGAACUGUGAAUUAUAGAGCAGGGAGUGGUAUUGGUUUUGUUGCUGAAGGAUCCCACUUACCUGUAGCUCCUGCAGGAUCAAGAGCUUCCAUUGCAUCUCAGGCUGUACCUUCCUCUUUUACUACACAUUCUGCAGCCUCUAUAAGAAGCUCUUCAUCUCCUGAUAAAAGUUAUAGUUUCAGCUAUAACACCGAUGACAGUUCUCGGUCAGAGAGUGCUGACUCUGCCUUGAAUGUCCAAGGAUCUUAUAGUUUUAGACCUAGUGAUGGAGUUCAAAGAACUGUCAGUUAUAGAGCAGGGAGUGGAACUGGUUUUGUUGCUGAAGGAUCCCACUUACCUGUAGCUCCUACGGGGUCAGGAGCCUCCACAGUAUCUCGACCUGUAGCAGCAACUAAGACUUCAUCUCCUACUACAUAUUCAGCGCCAUCUGGAGUAGCUUCCAUUGGAAGUUCAUCUCCUGACGGAAGUUACAGCUUCAACUACAAGACUGACGAUAGCUCCCGGUCAGAGAGUGCUGAUUCCGACCUGAAUGUUCGAGGAACAUACAGUUUUAAGCCUGAUGAUGGAGUUCAAAGAACUGUCAGUUAUAGAGCAGGGAGUGGAACUGGUUUUGUUGCUGAAGGAUCCCACUUACCUGUAGCUCCUACGGGGUCAGGAGCCUCCACAGUAUCUCGACCUGUAGCAGCAACUAAGACUUCAUCUCCUACUACAUAUUCAGCGCCAUCUGGAGUAGCUUCCAUUGGAAGUUCAUCUCCUGACGGAAGUUACAGCUUCAACUACAAGACUGACGAUAGCUCCCGGUCAGAGAGUGCUGAUUCAGACCUGAAUGUUCGAGGAACAUACAGUUUUAAGCCUGAUGAUGGAGUUCAAAGAACUGUGAAUUACAAAGCAGGGAGUGGAACUGGUUUUGUUGCCGAGGGAUCCCACUUACCUGUUGCUCCAUCAGGUACAUCUAGAACAAGUCCAGAUGUGUCACCUGCAGUCGCUACAAAGAGUGCUCGUCCUUCUACCUACUCAGCACCUUCUGCAAUAGCUCAGGUCAAAAGUUCUUCAUCCUCUGAUGGAAGUUACAGCUUUAACUAUGACGCUGAUACCAGUUCCCGAGCCGAGAGUGCUGAUUCUGAUCUGAACGUGCAGGGGACUUACAGUUUUAGUGCUGAUGACGGAAUCCAGCGAACUGUAAAUUAUAGAGCAGGUUCUGCAACUGGUUUUAUUGCUGAAGGCAAACACUUACCUACUGCUUCAACAGAUGUAUCAAGUCAUUCUCAACCUCUUAUUACUGUCAAAACCGCACCUUCAUCAGUUUCUCGCUCAUCACCUGGGGUCCAGUCCUCUCGAAGCCGCACUGUGGGUAAUGUUUUGCUCCACCAAUAUGACCCAACAAGCAAGGCUGGCAAAUAUGGCUAUGUCUUCACUGAACUGCGUCGUUAGUCUUUAGCAUGGCUGAUGACAAGACUCCAGUCCUUCAUGGUGCCUACUCUGCUCGGAUCUCAGCGUUUGAUUGUGUUGUAAAUAUCAAGGAUCGCACUUAAAAUGUCAUAAAAAAUAAACUGCAUGAGAACA